CCCACAGCCUUCAAUUGAACACAGAAAGGUUCCGCAGAGGAUAGAGGAGCAGGGCGAUGCUCCCGAGGACGGCGGCGGCGGCGCGCCCGGGCUGUGGGGCAGCUGGGGCCCCUGGUCCGCCUGCUCGCGGAGCUGCAGCGGCGGCGUCAUGGAGCAGACGCGGCCCUGCCUGCCCGCCUAUUACCGGGAGCGCGGCUACCGCCGCCCGGGCCGCCACUUCCCGGCCGCGGACCGCGCCCUGCCCCGCCACGGCGCCCACCACGAGGACCCGCUGUCCGCCUACCCCGGCCACGUCAUCUCUGCCAUCCGCACCUCCGUGCCGCUGCACAGGAACGAGGAGCAGCCCUGGGCCGCGCUGCGGAACAGCAGCCAGGGCGGGCGGGCGGCGCUGCGGGGCAGCCGGCACUCGCAGGGCGCCGGCCCGGACAGGAGAAGCAGAAACAGAAAUCCUAUUGGUCCAGGAAAGUAUGGCUAUGGAAAAGUGCCAUACAUUUUACCUUUACAAACUGACACUGGCCAGCAGCCUCAGAAGCUGCGGAGGCAGCGGCAGUCGUCGAGGAAGCAGCUGUUCCACCCGAGCCCCUACAGCCAGGCUGCUGCUCCUUCCCUGCAGCACGGGAGCCUUUACCAGGAGCCAGGCGGGCCUCAGGCAGGGCACCAGGCCCUGGGGCCCUCGGUUUAUCAGCCCCCUUCGUUCCCCGUGUCUCAGAGCCUGUUCCACGGCCGUGACUCCAACCCUCAGGCCCUGCAGGGCCAGCCCCAGCCGCAGCGGGCUGCAGCCAUCGUGUGCAUUGGUGCCUACAAGCAAUAUAAACUCUGCAACACAAAUAUGUGUCCUGAAAGCAGCAGGAAUAUUAGAGAGGUACAGUGUGCAUCAUACAAUAACAAGCCAUUUAUGGGUCGAUUUUAUGAAUGGGAACCUUUUGCAGAAGUGAAGGGGAGUCAGAAGUGCGAGCUGAACUGCCGGGCCAUCGGCUACCGAUUCUACGUGCGCCAGGCGGAGACCGUGAUCGACG